AUGUCCGUUGAUGCAAUUACUUGUUAUGCACAUAACUUACAAUUAGUUUUAAAUAAAGUAUUAGACGCUGAUUACAUUAAGCCAUUAAUAGUUAAGUGCAGCAGCAUUGUUUCCCAUUUUAAACAUUCAUAUAUAGCAUCAACAGCCUUGAAUACUAAGCAGGAACAACUAGGACUGCAAAAACAUAAACUUAUUCAAGCAGUAAGAACGCGCUGGAACUCCACAUAUUACAUGUUGAAAAGAUUAGUUGAACAACGUGAAGCUAUACUUAGUGUUCUAUCAGACAGAACUAUUACAUCAAGAAUACAAGCCGGACAUUUGAUGCUGGAAGAGGAGGAAUGGAUUACUAUGGAGUAUUGUAUUGCAAUGUUGGAACCAUUUGAAUUAGUUACUACACUGUUAUCUUCAGAGUCGCAACCAACCAUUUCAAUUGUAAUGCCCAUUUUAAAAUCCUUAGCGGAAAAUUUUAUUUCAAAAACUAAGGAAGAUGAGCCUAAAUUAUUACAAAAUUUGCAGCGUUUAUUACAGAAUGAAUUUCAAUCCAGAUUUGAAAAUAUAUUAAGUAAUGUGUCCGUCACCGCUGGAGGAAAAAUUGGAAUUUUUGACCUAAGUACAUUCUUAGAUCCACGAUUUAAGAAUAAAGAACGGUUUACUGGUUCAUUAUUUCAAACAAAACGACAUUUCAAGAAUAUUUUACAGUCAAGUUUGGAAGAUACAGAAAAUGAAAUGAAUCAUAACCCUAAAAAAAAAAGUGCCUUUGAUAUUUUGUUUCCAAAUGAAAAUUCAGCAGCAGCUGAUUUAAAUGAAGUUGAUAUGUAUUAUUCAGACUGCCCUAUACAAAAGAAUAUGUGUCCUUUGCAGUGGUGGAAAAACAAUGAAAAUAAGUAUCCGAAAUUGUCAAAGUAUGCAAAACGUUAUCUCUCUAUUCCUGCGACAUCAGUUUCAUCGGAGCGUAGCUUCUCAAAAGCUGGUAAUGUAGUGAACGCGAAACGCGCUUGUCUAAAAUCAGACAAUGUAAAAAAAAUUUGUUUUUUAAGUGCAAGUUUGUAG